GCGACAAAAAUAAAAAAUAAAAAAUAAAAAAUAAAAAAAUGAUAAUAGAUGGCAAAGAUUCCAAGACCAAGAUACAAUCAAAGUCCCGCCCAUAUUCCCCGCAUCGUUCGCGUUCAUCAAAAGUUGCGCCACCGUCGGCCUCUUUGGUCGACGGUGAACUGGCGGUGACGGAGCGAGAAGGGAGCUCUGCAAUCACCAGUCUUUUUGAAGAUCUCCAAAUUUCACCGGAUUCAAGCCCUAAUCCCAGGAGCUUUCCUUACAGCGUCAAACAACAAUGCUGGGAAAAAGCCGAGAAGGUCAAGGGACGAGACCCAGCUCGCUGGCGGCGUGACGCUGUUGGCAACAUUGUUUUCAGGAAGCUCGUUGGUUGUUCUGGUUGCUUGUGCCAUGACUAUGACCAUAUCAUCCCUUACUCCAAGGGAGGAAAAAGCAUGCUAGAAAACUGUCAAGUUUUACAGGGGAAAAAACUAAUUGGCUUCUGUUUUUAAAAUUUCACGCAUCCUACCAAUAUAUAUAUAUUUUGCAAUGCAGUAAGGUAUGUCGGGCCAAGACCGAUAGUGAUAUCAGUCUACUAAAAGUUGUUGAUUUUUUCAUGCAUUUAGACAGCUAACAGGGUUGGCAGCUACUUGCCUUUAAUACACUUUGUUGACAUGAAUCUGAGCUACACAUUUUCCUCUCAUUGAACUGAUUGCAAAGGUCUAUUGAGUCGCAACUAGUCCACCUUG